UGUGCGAAUGACCAGUACACACAUAUUUGGUUUGAUCUUGUAGCUUACCGUGUAUUAGGAAUUGAUCCACUAGUUCGAAAGAUGACAGUUGCUCGGCUUGAUCUUUGGGAAGAUAUUUGUCCGGUAUCAGUUAAUCGAAUUAAAGAUUCCACCUUGUCAAAAUUAAAUCCCGGUUCAGACAGAAGGUUUAGGAAUAUCCACAUUUUCUAUGGUUGCACUUCUGAGGUUAUUGCUAAAGUACAAAUUCAGAGUAAUGUGUCGUGCUCAAUAUUUGGACAGAACAGUGGUGUCUUUUUUGCAGGUGAAUUUGUAUCUAGUGCUCCUGGAUGUACGACCCGCAUGGUUGUUUCCAUUCAGUUUGCAGCUUAUAUUGAUCUCUGGGACAGAAAAAUAACACUUCAACAAGCUCUUAAACAGGGAGUUGAUGUGGAGUAUGAUACCUUGGAAGCUUGCUCAUCAUGCGAGGCUUCGGGUGGUAAAUGUGGAUCUGAUUCAACUUACGAAUUUAUUUGUAUCUGUCAAGAUCAAUCCCAUCCAAAGGUUUGCCCUAAACAUGGAAAGGGGCGUUGGUUGAAGCGGAUGAUUGGAGCUAUAAUGGCUGGAAUAGGAAUACUAUCCUGUUCAGUAAUCUGCUAUUGUUAUUACAAAAAAUAUUCAAAGAAAACUGCGCUUUUCUUGUUUUCAAGAAAAACAGAUGAUAAAGAACUCGAAGCCUUUCUUGAAGAACAUGGAUCUCUCGUACCUAAAAGAUACAGCUACACUGAUAUCAAGAAAAUGACACAUUACUUCAAAGAGAAACUUGGUCAUGGAGGAUAUGGUGAGGUCUACCGAGGAAAUCUUUUUGACAAGCGUCCAGUGGCAAUAAAAGUUUUAAGUAUGACCAAAGGAAAUGGAGAGGAAUUUAUUAAUGAGGUUGUAAGCAUUAGCAAAACUUCCCAUGUUAAUGUGGUCAAUCUUGUUGGAUUUUGCCUUGAUGGUCGUAAAAGAGCUCUAGUGUAUGAAUUCAUGCCAAAUGGAUCACUUGAAAAGUAUAUCCAUCAUGACAGCAAGUCCUAUUUGGGAUUGGAAAGGCUGCAUGAAAUUGCUAUUGGAAUAGGUCGAGGGCUAGAGUACUUGCAUGGAGGAUGCAACACGCGCAUUUUACACUUGGACAUAAAACCUCAUAAUAUUCUGCUUGAUGAAGAAUAUUGUCCUAAGAUAUCUGAUUUUGGGCUGGCGAAACUAUGUGCUCGAAAAGAGAGUGUUGUAUCGAUGUCAGGAGCUAGAGGAACCAUUGGCUAUAUUGCUCCUGAAGUGUUCAGUAGGAACUUUGGUGGAGUCUCCUAUAAAUCUGAUGUCUAUAGCUAUGGAAUGAUGAUCCUUGAAAUGGCUGGAGGAAGGAAAAAUGCAAUAAACGUUCAAUUAAGCAAUUCAAGUGAGGCAUAUUUUCCAGAUUGGCUAUAUGAUCGAGUUCUGAUUGAUGAAGACCUAAAACUGCAUGGUCAUACUAUGACAAAAGAAGAAAAUGACAUUGCAAGGAAGAUGAUAUUGGUAGGACUAUGGUGUAUACAGACUAAUCCAUUGCAUAGGCCGACAAUGAGCAAGGUUAUUGAUAUGCUGGAAGGUAGCUUAAUGUCGUUGGAAGUUCCCCCAAAACCAUUCUUCUCUUCACCUUCAAGAUCAGAAGGAGGAUCUUUGGAGAUGACAUUGCUGCCACAAUCAAUUUUACCUACCUCUUCUAGUUCACCAGCUGAUUCUGACUUGGAAAGUUCAUCAGUCGAUGAGAACUUCACAAAUUCAGUCUGCAAUGAUUCGUUCCAACUUUUUACCUCAUCCAUGACAAAUUCGUACAUGAUCAUGAUCAUCUUCUAUAUCUUAUUCAUCAUUUCAUUUUGUUCGUCUGCCGAUGGUGAUGAGUUUAGAAACUGUAGCCUUCUUUACAACUGUGGAAGCUUACGGGGAAUAGGAUAUCCUUUCUGGGGAGGUGAUAGGCCGGACUAUUGUGGUCGCCAAGACUUUGGUCUGGACUGUGUAGAUGGUCAAUACACAACCAUGCUGCUUGAUGAUCUGUCUUAUGUGAGUUAUCGUGUAUUGGCAAUUGAUGCAUCAAUUCCCAAGAUGACCAUUGCUCGCGAUGAUCUUUGGAAUAACAUUUGUCCAGACCAAUAUUCAUUCCAUAACAAUGCCACCUUGUCAAACUUUAACCUCAACUCAGCUAGAACUGUAAGGAACCUCCACAUAUUCUAUGGUUGUACUGCUGAGGUUAUAGCCAAAGUACAAGUUCAAAGUAAUGUUACUUGUUCAAUAGACGGAGAAAAGGGUGGAGUUUUUUUUGCAGAUGAAUUUGUAUCUGGUGUUGAGGGAUGCAAGGUCAGCUUGGUUGUUUCGAUCCAGUUGGCAGCUUACAAUGACCUCUGGGACAGGAAAAUCACACUUGAAGAAGCUUUGACUCAGGGGUUCGAUGUCGAGUAUAAUGCUGCCCUUGCGGCCUGCUCUUCAUGUGAGGCUUCUGGGGGAAAAUGUGGAUCUAAUUCAACAUAUGAAUUUAUUUGCAUUUGUCAAGAUCAGUCCUAUCCGAUGCUUUGUCCUAAACGUGGAAAGGGUCAUUUGUUGAAGGUGCUCAUUGGAGCAAUGAUGGCUGGAGUGGGAAUACUGUCCUCAAUAAUAUGCUACUGUUAUUAUAAGAAAAGAAAAACUGAUAAACAACUCGAGGCCUUGAUCAAGGAAUUUGGAUCCCUCACACCAAGAAGAUACAGCUACUCUGAUAUCAAGAAAAUGACGAAGUACUUCAAAGAGAAACUUGGUCAAGGAGGGUAUGGUGAGGUCUACAGGGGAAAUCUUUUUGACAAACGUCCUGUUGCAGUAAAAGUCCUGAGAACCAACAAAGGCAAUGGCGAGGAAUUCAUUAAUGAGGUUGCAAGCAUCAGCAAAACUUCCCACGUUAACGUUGUCACUCUUCUAGGAUUUUGCCUUGAUAGUACCAAAAGAGCUCUCAUCUAUGAAUUCAUGCCAAAUGGAUCGCUUGAUAAAUAUAUCCAUCAUGAGUUUGAGCCCCGCUUGGGAUUCGAGAGAAUGCAUGAAAUUGCAAUUGGAAUAGCUCAGGGACUUGAUUACUUGCAUGGAGGUUGCAACACACGCAUUUUACAUUUUGACAUCAAACCUCAUAAUAUUCUUCUUGAUGAAGAAUUUUGUCCUAAGAUAUCUGAUUUUGGGCUGGCAAAGUUAUGCGCCCGAAAAGAGAGUAUUGUGUCGAUGUUAGGAGCUAGAGGAACAAUUGGAUAUAUUGCUCCUGAAGUGUUCAGCAGGAACUUUGGUGGUGUCUCCUAUAAAUCUGAUGUCUACAGUUAUGGUAUGAUGAUUCUGGAAAUGGUUGGAGGAAGGAAAAAUGCAAUAAAUGUUCAAGUAAGCAAUUCUAGUGACAUAUAUUUUCCACAUUGGGUAUACAAUCUUGUUCUGACUGAUGAAGACCUAAAACUGCAUGGUCAUACCAUGACAAAAGAAGAAAAUGAUAUUGCAAGGAAGAUGAUAUUGGUAGGACUAUGGUGUAUACAGACUAAUCCAGCACAUAGGCCGACAAUGAGCAAGGUUAUUGAUAUGUUGGAAGGUAGCUUAGAGUCCUUGGAAGUUCCCCCAAAACCAUUCUUAUCUUCACCUUCAAGAUCAGAAGUAGUAUCUUUGGAGAUUACAAUGCUGCCACAAAAAGUUUUAUCUACUUCUUCAAGUUCACCUGCUGAUUCUGGCACCAGAUAAGCAUAACAGAACUGUAAGGUUUAAGCUUAAAGUAGACAUUUUUGCAUAGUUGCGAUCUUUAAUGCAUCAAGGAGAAGUUGUGCAAUACGUGGAUGCACACUUGAAAAAGUUCGUCAAUCAACCCAAACUUCACUAGUUGAGUCUGCAAUAAUUGUCUCUGUUGAUCACUGGUAAGCACAAGAAAAUUGGCUGGAUGACAAAGUCUCUGAUUUUUAUGGACUUCUGGCAUUUAAAUUCAAGAUGGUAGGAGAAUGACAAAAAAAAAAAUUCCUUUACUUUGUAACUCUUUUAUAGCAAAGAAGAAGAUUUCGUAGCGCUGCAGCCCAUAAUUUGGGGCAGUAUGCC